AUGAUGAUAAUGAUGCGCCGUGUGAUGUGUGUGUUGGCCGUUGUGCUGUGCUGUGCCUGCGGGUAUACCAUGGCUGGAGGUGGACAGUUAAAUACGGAGAAGAACUACGAUAUGUAUGUGAGUAGUUGGGAAGGGUUUCCUGGUAAGGAUCCGAAACCAGAAAAUGCAGAUAUACGUAAUAGCGGUGGUAUCCCUGAAGGAGAAAACCAACUACAUGAACAACGACAUGAAUCAUUAGGUGGUCAUGGUUCAGGAUUGGAAGAGAUAAAACAUCAGGAAACUCUUCAUGAAAAGGGUGAUAUGAUUACUGUUUCUUCUUCUGAUCAUCCACCACAGAUAUCCCCUAACCAUGACAGUGACGGUCAUCAGAACUCUCUCACUCCUGACAGUACACUGGAGUUACCCAAACCAAAAGAAGCACCUCAAAUACAUGUUGCAGCAGAAAAAAAAGAAUCUGCACCAGUGAGUGCUCCUGCUAAAGGGAAAGCAUUACCAUCAGGGGCUUCAGAGACACUCACAACCACAUCUACAACAACAGCCUUAACAACACCUAGAGAUAUUGAUUCCACACAAACCAGUUCACCAGCUGAGUCUGCAAAACCCACAGAUAUGAGUAAUGUCAAUGAUAGUAUUACUGCGCAGCAACCUUCUCCAGCAGCGGAAAGUGCUGUACCCAGUGAUGUUAAUUCCGGUAACGAAUUCAAUGCAGCUCCAGGUACUUCUCCCACAGCAGACUCACAAGAGAAUGGCAAUGCUGAUUCGCCGACCACCAACAUUAACAGCGAAGCACCAACCACCACUCUAUCUCCUCUAACCGACCCACCGAUCAGCAAGAUCGCUCCCACUAUGCAGAUGAAGGGUAAUGUUGACAGCAGCAGUGUCAGUCCUGUGUGGAUGCGCACUGCAGCACCGCUGCUGAUGGUGGCUUUGUUGGUCUCCGCUACUGUGUACUGA